AUGUAUGAACAAAAACUAGCUAUAGGAAUUGUUAAUGAAGCUUUUGGUGAUGAUGUUUCAAAAGUUUUUGAAUUUUUAGUACAUAGAGGAAAAUCAUCAUUUAAAAUUAUAAACCAAGCAUUACAGGGUACAGUUGGAUUAAAAAGAAUCAAGCAAUGUCUAUUGGUAUUGAUUCAACAUAAUUUAGCAACCUUUGAAGAGUUUUUAAUACCUUUGGGUAAAGAUGAACAAGAAUCAUUAACACCUGGUGAUCCAUUCCCAUCAGAUUCAGUAUAUGAAGCAAUUAUAGUUAAUGCAAUUCAUCGUUUAAGAUUCCCAAAGUUUAUAAAUUUUAUUAAAGUUUCAAAAGGUGAUGAAGCAGCAUUCAUAUUGGAAGAGUUAAUAGAUCAUGGUAGAUUACCUAUGGAUAUGAUAUUAAAGCAAGCCUCUGCAUACAGUCGUGCAGCAGAUUCUUUUGAAGAUACCGAAGAGAUUACUAAAAGAUUUGAAGAUAUAUUUACAAAAUUAAUUAUGGAUCAAUUUAUAAUGAGAGCACCCCGUCCACGUCCAAUAAACGAUCAAGAUCAAUCCAAUGCAAUUAAUAAAGAGGCAAAGAAAACUAAAGAUUCACAAUCAUCAUCAAAUAAAAAAGAAGCAGAUCCAUUUGCAUUACCAGCUGGUUUUUCAUCGAAUGGUCCCCUAUCUAACGAUAAUUUACCAAAUUUACCAUUAGAUAUCUUAACUGGUGGGGGUGCAACCAACAAUGGUAGUUCUGCACCAUUACACCCAAAUGGUAAUAAAACAGCAAAAAAAAAUGGUCCAAAAGUUCAACUAUCUACCACCACUACCACAACAACAUCAAGUAAAUCAACAUCAAAAACAACAGGUAAAAAAAGAAAGAAUAUAGUCGAAGAGGAUGAUGAGGCUAAUGAAAGUCCAGAUGUUUUAAUGAUUUCAGAAUCAGCUCAAUUAAAUGUACAUGAUAUAGGCGAUAGUAAUAUUCAACCAAAUAAAAAGAGUAAAUUAGAUGUAUAUACAGUAGUAUCGCCACAAGAACAACAGCAAAGAAUUAUAAAUGAUGAAACUCGUGUACUUUGGACUAUAAAUUAUGAACAGUUUGUCACAGAAUUCAAAUUAAAAGCAUGUUAUGAUUUUGUUGUCGAAAAGAAUAAUCAGCAAUCAGGUUUACUCUUUAAUGCAAUGGUCAAGCUUUGCAAGAGAUCUAUUCGUUCAAAUUCAGAUACCCUCACAAGUUGUGUAUAUGGUGAAAAUGCAUUAGAAGAAUACAAUCGUGAUUUGGAUCCAUCCAAGAGAAUGGACAAGCUCCAAUUUGAAAAAUAUUUAUCAGUCAUGCAAGCAUCACGUCCAAGUAUGGUAACUAAAAUGCAAACUAAAUCUAAACAAUCAUCAUCCUCAGAGUUGGGAGCCUAUCAAGUAAAUGUUGGCAAUAUUAUAGCGGUCAUUAAACAGAAAAUGGUAGAGUCUAUCAUUAAACAAAAGUUUGGUGAUAACGGUUUACGUGUUUUCAAAUUACUUUUAAUUAAAAACCUUUUAGAACCAAAGCAAAUAGCCGAUCUUGCAAUGAUCCCCAUCAAAGAAUGCAAAGCACUUUUAUUCAAUAUGAUGCAAAAGAAUAUUAUCCGUCUUCAAGAGGUACCACGUUCUUCAGACCAUUUUGCAAAUCGUACUUUUUAUUUAUUCUUCGUAGAUCUUCCAAGUAUAAUCAGAGAUUUCACCGAAGACAUUUUCAAAGCAAUCUAUAAUACUCGUGAACGUCUCAACAGCGAAUUAGCCCCCCACAAAGAUAUGUUGGAUAAAAUGAGUGAAUUAGAUGAAGAAUCACCAGUUACAGAAGAUCAAACUAAAAUAUUUAAAAAAACAGAUAGAAUAACACAAACUUUAUUAACAGUAAUUUUAAAUUUAGAUAAUGAUUUAUUACAUUUAUAUAGUUUUUAAAUAAAUAAAAAAAAAAAUACUUCAAAAUUUAUUAUUUACCC